GUAUUCUUAUAGCAGGAUUUUCCACCUUCAUGCCCAAGUUUAUAGAGUACCAGUUUGGGGUAACAGCAGGGAAGGCCGCCUUGUUUGUCGUGGUCCCAGCAGGGGGAGGUGCCACGUUCGCCGGCGGUCUCAUCGUGCGCUUCUUCAACCUAAAGGUGCGUGGCAUCCUGCGUCUGUGCAUCGUGGCGUCUGCUCUCCUCAGCGUGCUCACAAUGAUGCUGCUCUUGGAGUGCGACACCGCCCCCUUCGCCGGGGUCUCGCUGCCCUACGGAGAGACCAACACCAACGGCGCGUCGUUCCUGGGCCAGAAGAACCUGGACGCGGCGUGUAACGCGGGUUGCGAGUGUGCCGAGGAAGACUACUACCCGAUGUGUGGUCGGGAUGGCGUGCUGUACUUCUCUCCAUGCUACGCGGGCUGUGCUGAUGUGUUCUUGGUGGGCGAUGAUAAGGUGAGGAGGGUUGAAGAGAGGUUAAGGUGAGGGUUAAAAGGUGUG